UGGUUUUCAACACACAGACAGACAGACAGUUCAUUUUCAUAAACUUAACUUCCACACACAGUUGGCACGCACACACAAGCAUAUGCGUCCUAGACUACCGCUCGCUGGAGAUAAUGUGAUUCAAUGUAAAGGAGGACAUCCUUUUUACGCCUUUAUUCACACACAGGAGCAUUCGACAGGCAGUUCUUAUUAGAACCAAAAGAUGGCUUCCACUGUAGCCCAGAACUUGACAUCCACAGCCGUGAAUUCCACAAUGACUCCAAUGUCCUUCACCGGAACUACAAAACCGUCUGAAAAUGAGUACCACCCAGUCCUCCUGGUCAUCUACUCUGUGGUUCUGCUAAGCGGCACCAUCAGCCUGAGCCUGAUGAUGCACAUCAUGAAGUCCAGCACGACAUCCAUCACCUCCAUCGCCGUACUCAACCUUAUCUUCGCCCACUUUAUCUUCCUUCUCACUGUACCCUUCAGGAUUUACUACUACGCAGCUCAUGACUGGACCCUGAGCCACAGCUGGUGUAAAGUGGUCAGCAGCAUGAUCCACAUCCACAUGUACAUGUCUUUCAUAUUUUACGUGAUAAUCCUUAUCACGCGCCUGAUGGCGUUCUACCAUAGAGCUGAGCAGGUGGCGUCCAUCCAAAAGAUUCAUGCACUCAUUGGCAGUGCAGUGUUGUGGAUCGCUGUGCUUGUUGCGGUUCCGUUAAUAAUUCAUUUUUCCUACGGCAAGACCACUGAGGAGGAUGAGAGCUCAGAGAACUCCAAUGCCACAUCCUGCUUCAAGUUUGGCAAGUGCAUAGAGUCUGCAAAGGUGUUCAACUACUUCACAAGCACAGUCAUCAUAGUGGUGGCCACCGUGCUGACGGCCCUCCAAGCCAACGUCCUGAGGGUUUUAUACAGGACACACCACCGGGGAUGCACCUCUCAGCAGGACUUCUGGGCUCAGCUGAAGAGUUUGUGCUUUGCUCUCAUCAUGGUGGUCUGCUUCAUUCCCUACCACAUAUUCCGGCUGAAUUACUUAGAGCACAUCCAUCUGGAGAGUGUCAAUGAGGUGUUUCUGAGUCUGACCACUUUUAACUGUUUGGACAUGCUCACCUUCUUGGGGAGGAGAACCUGCUACAUGUGCUUACCGGGAAAGGCUAUUUAAACACUGUAGGUAGGAUGUGUGUUAGGGGGUCAAGAUUUGCUUUAUUUUGUAACUUAAUUUCACUUUGCUGUUCCUCAUUUAAUUAUCUAAUAAGAUCCAGUGUUCAGGAUUUAGGGGGGACAAAUUGGCAGAAAUAUAAUGUAAUAAGUAUGUUGUUUUUUUAGUUUUAGUUUUAAAUGAGACUACAGAAUGUCAUCACGCCGAGCAAUGCUGAACACAACUUUACAGCCCCAUAACAGUAGCAAGGUAGUGUAGUAUGUUUAAGCCUAGAUAUAGCUUUUUACUUCCAGCGAAUGCAUUUACACUUCAAAAAUCCUAAAAGUGGUAUUCAUUUGUGUGUAUUAUUUUGCUGAACAAAACGUGUUAGUAUCAUAACUGUUUGUUUGCCACAAAGCUUAUUUUCUGCAAUGAUGUCUCCAAUAUGAUGAACAACGUCGCAGGCACAUUGAUUUGUAAUAUGAAACAGUUUUUUUCAGCAUUUUUGAUCCAUUUGUUUUGGAGAGGAAGAGACCUCUGUGUUUAAUUUGACUCUCUGUAAAAACCUUGUGAACAAUGAAGACGGAAGGAAUUCUAACCGGGAGAAAUUUCAGCUGGAUGCAGUCUUUUUAAACUAUGUUUCUGUGUUUUUUCUGAUAGUAUUAUAGUAAUUUUUAUCAUCAUUUGAUUGUUGAAAGGGCAGAUAGAGGUAUGACAUGCAAUCAAGGCUAUGUGGUGUGUGUUUUAAUUAGCAGGCUACUAGGCAACUCCUUAAACGGUGUUUCUUCAUUUAAAAAUAUUGACAGAAGAUGACAUGACUGGAAACUGUCCUUUGCUUUUGACUCAAAAUGAAUGAACUCUUGCCAUCUGCUGGCCUCUGUAUAUACUACAAGAGCUUCAAACUUGACAUUUGUAAUGCAACAUUGUGCCACUGGUCUUUAGGUUUCUUAAUUUUCAUCAGAAUUUGACUUCAUAUGAAAGCCAUAUAAGUGGAAAUUAAACAUAAAUAUAUUUCACUGUAUUUGCUAACGCUUGACCCCUGUGUACAUAGCUGCAGUGAAAUAAAUGUCUAAAAUCGU